GGUAAAAUUUUCAACUAUAAUGGCUGCGUGAGAGAGAUGUAAUUUUUUAGUGACUUUCUCUAAACAUCAUUGGAGUAAAAAAAAAGAAGUUUUAGCAGGUUAUUCAAAAUGCCGGGUUAUUUAAGAUAUAUCGAAGUGGAAAAUUUUAAAUCUUAUCGUGGCAAACAGUUAAUUGGACCGUUUAAAAAGUUUACUGCUAUUAUCGGACCAAAUGGAUCAGGAAAAUCAAACUUGAUGGAUGCUAUCAGCUUUGUGCUGGGUGAGAAAACAAGCAAUCUCAGAGUAAAGAAGCUCAGUGAUCUUAUUCACGGUGCCCCCAUUGGUAAGCCUGCCUCCAACAAAGCUUCAGUUACUGCAGUUUAUGCUGACAGUGACACUGGUAAAGACACCAGGUUUACCAGGAUUAUCCAUGGUUCAUCUUCAGAUCACAAAAUUAAUGGAAAGGGUGUUUCUUCCCAGCAGUAUGCACAAGAACUUGAGAAAAUUGGUGUUUUGGUAAAAUCUAAGAACUUUCUUGUGUUUCAAGGAACUGUUGAAAGCAUUGCUAUGAAGAAUGCCAAAGAACGUACGGUUAUGUUCGAAGAAAUCAGCAGAUCUGGAGAAUUAAAAGAAGAAUAUGAUAAAGCUAAAACUGAAAUGUUAAAAGCUGAAGAAGAUACUCAGUUUAAUUACCACAAAAAGAAAGGCAUUGCUGCUGAAAAGAAAGAAGCUAAGUUAGAAAAAGAGGAAGCAGAACGUUACCAGAAACUUAAAGAGCAAUUGGUAGAAAAACAGCUGCAACUCCAAUUGUUCAAGUUGUUUCAUAAUGAGAAAGAUAUUGAUGAGUUGAAUGAAGAACUUAACAAAAAGAAUGCUGGUUUAGAUAGAGAAUUAAAAAAGAGAGAUAAGAUUGAGGACGAGAUCAAAGAGAAGAAAAAGGAGCAAGGAAAAUUGAGUCGAGAUCUCACAAAAAUUGAGCAGAACAUCAAAGAAGCUGAAUCUGAGCUGAACAAAAAGAGGCCUAUUUACAUCAAAGCAAAAGAAAAAACUGCUCACAUGAUUAAAAAGCUUGAAGCUGCUAAGAAAUCUCUCAAGGCAACUAAAAAGACGCAUGAUAAUCAUGAAGCUGAGAUCCAUCAGUUGGAGAAAGAACUUGAAGAAGUUGAAGAAAAGAAACGAGAAUAUGAAAAAGGAAUAGAAAAAGAAUCACAGUCCCAAGGAAGAGACCUCCAGUUGGAAGAGUCUCAGGUUCAGGAAUACCAUCGUUUGAAGGAAGAAGCUGGCAAAAGAGCUGCUCGCUAUUCACAAGACUUAGAAUCCAUUAACAGAGAGCAGAAAUCUGAUCAAGAUCGCCGUGAUAAUGAAGAACGCAAAAAAAAUGAUAUGGUAACUAAAAUUGAACAGAAGAAACAUGAAAUGGAAGAGAACAAGAAACGAGUUGAAAAACUGAAUGACUACAUAAAAACCAGUAUGCAAGCAGUUGAUGAACAAAAGAAGACUGCCAGAGAACUUGAAGAAGAAGUAAGCAGUGCCAAUGCUAGGAUCUCUCAAAUUAACUCUGAGCUUGCUGAAGUUGUUGAACAGCUUGGUGAAGCAAAGGUUGAUAAACAUGAAUCUUCAAGAGCAAUAAAGAAAGCAGAACUACUUGAAAAUUUGCGACGCUUGUUUCCUGGUGUGCACGGUCGAUUGAUUGAUUUGUGUGAGCCAAGCCACAAGAGGUACCAAGUAGCUAUUACUAAAGUACUUGGCAAAUAUAUGGAUGCUAUAGUAUGUGAUAAUGAAAAAACUGCUAAGGAUUGUAUCCAGUAUAUGAAAGAACAGAGAAUUGAACCCGAGACCUUCCUUCCACUUGACUACCUUGAUGUAAAGCCUGUCAAUGAAAAGCUUAGAGAUAUCAGAGAACCUAAAAAUGUCAAACUAGUUAUUGAUGUCAUACGUUAUGAUCCCCCUGCCAUCAAGAAAGCCUUAUUGUUUGCUUGUGGGAAUGCCCUUGUCUGUGAAACUGUUGAAGAUUCUCGUAGAGUUGCAUUUGGUGGUCACGAAAGACACAAGUCAGUUGCCUUGGAUGGGACCUUAUUUCAGAAAUCCGGAAUUAUAUCUGGUGGUGCCAGUGACCUGAGAGCCAGAGCUCGUCGAUGGGAUGAAAAGAUGUUGAACCAACUGAAAACCAGAAAAGAGAAGUUGACUGAUGAGCUAAAAGAACAACUGAAAAAGAAGAGGAAAGAAUCUGAAUUAAACACUGUUAAUUCCCAAAUCAAAGGUUUGGAAACAAGGCUCAAAUAUUCCAUUACUGACAGAGAUAACACUUUGAAUAAACAACUAACUCAAAAUGAAAGAGAUUUAAAUACGUAUAAUGAUAUGCUGAAGUCUUUUGAGCCACGUAUGAAAGAAAUUGAUCGUGUUAUGACUGAGCGAGGUAUCAAAAUCAAAGAUCUGGAGACCAAAAUGAAUAAUGUUGAAGACGAAGUAUUUUCAGACUUUUGCUUACAGAUAAAAGUUGACAACAUAAGACAAUAUGAAGAACGUGAGCUUCAAGUGCAAGAAGAGAGGGCCAAAGUGCGAUUAGAGUUUGAGAACCAGAAAUUUAAGCUCCAAAAUCAAAUUGAAUUUGAAAGAUCACGAGAUACAAUAGGAAAUGUACAAAAAUGGGACAAAACUGUGAAAGAUGAUGAAAAAGAAUUAGAAAAAGUGAAGAAUGAUGAGCAGAAACAUAUGAAAGUUAUUGAUGAAGCUAUGAAAAGUCAAGAAAGGUAUAAGCAGCAGCGGAUUACAACUAAAUCACAAAUUGAUGACAUAGAGGAUGUGAUGAAUGAGAUACGCAAACGUCUGUCAGCUCAACAAAAGGAAAUAACUACCUGGCAAAAAUCUAUUGGAACCAUAGAAACAAAACUUGAACAGAAGAAAGCAGAUCGGCACAGUUUACUAAAAGCUUGUAAGAUGGAUGACGUUCAUUUGCCAAUGAAACGUGGUUCUAUGGAUGACAUUAGUCAAGAAAAUGAUACUUCUAGCCAGAAUGAUGAAAGUACAUCUGACAGCAAUGUGCGAGAAUCUCAAGGUUCACGAGCAAUCUAUGAGAAAGAAGCCCGUAUACAAAUUGACUAUAGUAUGCUUGAUGACGAAGAAAAGGAGCUGGAUCACCCAGAUGAUGUUAAAAAGGCUCAAGAUGCCUUAAACAAAGGGGUGUCUGAUAUGCAGUCCACUUUGCAACGGAUUAAUGCUCCAAAUAUGAAAGCAAUGGAAAAGCUUGAUGGAGUUAGAGAAAGAUUCCAAGAGACCUCUGAAGAGUUUGAAAAUGCUCGAAAGAGAGCCAAAAGAGCAAAGACUAAUUUUGAAAAAAUACGCAAAGAAAGGUAUGACAGGUUUAUGGUGUGCUUUGAUCACGUGGCCACAAGGAUUGAUGAAGUCUAUAAGGCUCUCUCAAGAAAUCCUAGUGCCCAAGCGUUUCUUGGUCCCGAAAACCCUGAAGAACCUUAUUUAGAUGGUGUAAACUACAAUUGUGUUGCACCUGGAAAACGUUUUAGACCAAUGGACAAUUUGUCUGGUGGAGAGAAAACUGUUGCUGCUUUGGCAUUGUUAUUUGCCAUCCACAGCUUCCAGCCUGCACCAUUCUUUGUCCUUGAUGAAAUAGAUGCUGCAUUAGACAACACCAAUAUUGGAAAAGUGGCAUCAUAUAUUGAAGAACAAGCUGAAAUUAAUUUCCAGUGUGUUGUUAUCUCUUUGAAAGAAGAGUUUUACAAUAGGGCUGAAGCUCUUAUUGGUAUUUAUCCUGAGGUUGGUGACUGCGUCAUCAGCAAUGUCCUGACUUGUGAUUUAACCGAUUAUGUUGAUGUGCCUCGCAAUGAAGACAAUGAACUGGCAAUUCGUUUAACUCGUUGAUAGUCCUGCACAGAAAAUAGUUUAACUUAUUAUUACAGUGCAACAAGGAAAUACAGCAGAUUGAUUCCGGGAUGUUAAACAAUGCUAAGUUUACUGGUAAUGACUAAAUAUUUGCAACCACAACACCUUGUUGCUAAUUUUAUGGUCUUCCACUCAACUGGUAGCAUUGAUUACUAAACUGAAGAAAAUACCAUUACAUACUGCUGUCAUUCAGGAAGGAGAGCCUUCUUAAUUCAUUUCCUCUUAACUGUUCUUCACAUCACUGGGAAUUCUCUGUUCUUUAUUCCACACAGACUCAUUCUUCUGGAUAGUGAGCUUGUAAUAUACAACUCUAAUGUAAAGCUGGAGAGAAUAAAAUCAAUAUUUGGAUACUUAUAGUAGCAAAAUAGUUUAACAAAGGUCAGAAUAAUCUUUGCUCGGGUAUCUCAUUAAUAUACAUGCUGUAAUGAUAAAAGUAAUUGGUGGAUAGCAUGGGUGAAUAACUGCAGCAAAUGUAACUUUUGAAUGACUAGCAUAGUGGAAUUGUGUAAUUGUUGUGGGAAUUGACAACCUUUGGAUAGGUUGUAUAAGAGUUUCAAUGUAGUGAUACAUGCCAACAACACUCUAUCAUUAUUUCACUUGGGUACACUUCAGAUUUAAAGAUGUUAAGUUGUAUCCCUUGCAGCAUGUCUGUGUUUUUCUUUCUUUUUAUAGCAUUGUUAUCAGGACCAAUGACUGUAUUUUUAGAAUUCUUUGUGGAAAUCUUUCUAACCAAGAAGAAAGUCUUUCUUUCUUAAUAUAUUUAAAGAAAAUAUGAUACAAUAUUAUCACACUGCCAACAGCGGUAUACUGAAGUUGACAGUUUAUUAUUAUAUUUUAAUGGACAACAUUAAUGAACUGUUUGAGUUCAUAAAUGGUUGUUCCAUCUCCUUAAAUCCCUUUUUUUUUUGUGUAUAGCUGCAUUCGCACACACACACAUUCAAGCACACAGCCACAUACAUUUUUGGGUGUGUAUUUUUCACUCCAGUCUCUGUACAUUCAGCAUUGAUUUUACUUUAAAAAUGACCUAAUAUUUCAAGUAUUACUCCUAAAACACAAGCAACAAGCCUUAUUUAUAUCAUUAAAACUUCAUAAUUUACCAGUCCCACUCUAAAAUCUGGUUUUUCCUUUAAUUCACAUUGCUUCAACUGUGUCAGCCUAUAUGUAGCAUCAUUUUUUUUCUAUCAUAACAUUCAUUUAUUGUUCUGCCUAACUCCAUUCAUUGGGAAUCUUUUAUUUGCAAUAGUUUUUAGAAUCACAACUUAUUUUCCCCGUCUUUGAACUCAGUCCCAUAAACUGUCAACCUCAAUUUAACUGUAAAUCUAGAUUUCCUGUUUUUUUUUUUUUUUGUUUUGUUUUUUUUCCUUGCUUAAAUCUUAUUUCAAGUAAAUUACUAAGUGUUUAAUUUCUCAAUCCUAAUUUUGUCCUUACUGAAGUUGAGUGGCAGGGAAAUAUUCUGAAACUUGGCUGCAAAUUUUCUAUAUUGAAUUUCACUACUUGCAUCAAAAAGAGUCAGAUUUAGACUGAGCUGCAUCAUGUAUACCCUACUUAGUAUAAUAGCAAUACCUUCAUAGUUUAAAUAGUGGAUAUGUUUGAUUCUGAAACUGUAUAAGUUUGCUUUUAUACCUCCUUUGCCUUAAAAAAAGCACACACAGUUUGAGGAAAUUGCAUACUAUAUAUUUCUUUUAGUGUUCCUUUUGGUUUCUCUUAAAAAAGAAGCAACUGCAUUAUCUUCAGUUUAUCUUUAUCUUCCUUCUAUCAAUAGCAUUUUGUAACUAUAAUUUUCUGAUUUAGAGUCCAGUCACAUUGUGAAAAUAUGAUGAAGAUUAUUACCAAUUACAACAUACACAUAUAUAUAUAUAUAGUUAACUUAGAAUUACAUGGUUAUAUUUUAAACAAUACGAAACAUGCAUGAUCACAGAGGGUAUCCACUCUUUAUCUUUGCAAGGUUUCACUUAGUUCAAAAUGUAAGCAUAUAUGUAACAUGGUUUCUACAUGGUUUUCAUUGUCUGCCUUACUCUUAUUCAAGUUCUAUGAUAAUGUGUGUUUGAGUUGCCAUUGUGCCAAAUGUUAUCUUUUGCGUUAAGAAAUAUACUGGCUGAUUUUAUGUUUAUAUAUUAUGAAGAUCUGUCAUGAAUAGGUGAUAUAGAACUCUGUUUUCACUCUAUUUAAAAAAUCUGCUAUUGGAUAUCAAGACUUGUCUGUGUUUGGAUUCUACUUAACACUUUGUGCAGGUAGGUUUCUCAUUAAUGUUUUAAUUAGACUUAAGUUUAGUUUGAACUAAUUUGGACCACUCUUGCAUUGAUCUGCUUUAUUUCUCACUCCUAUUUAUUUUCUAGGGGUUUUUUUUUUUUUGAGAUCUUAAAUUUCCUUGUUCCUUCAAGUUUAGAUAAUUGAGGAUUUGUGUGUAUGUCUGUAUAUGUAGACAUUUUAUGUUCUAUAUAUAUAUAGAAACGUAUGUCUAUCUGUUCUAUAUAUAUAGAAAUAUGUGUCUGUGUGUGUGUGUAUUACCUUUACAUGUAACUUUGGUUGAUGACCAAAUAAAUGUCAGUGUUUCCAUGGCUUGCUCAAUUUGAACAACUUGGACCUAUUGGAAAUUAAUAUCAGUCUAUCAUCUAUGGAUAUUCUCAUUUCAGCAUUGUUAUAUUCUUUAUUUGGUGGGAGUAUAUUGCAAUUUUUGUAUUAAGGAUCAUUUUGAAUUGCCCGAAUAAUAUUUUGCUAGCUCCCCUACACUGUUAUUAAAUUCCUUCUAAAUAAAUGUCUGUAGUGUUGGACAAGUACAUUAAUAAUGUAGGAACUAUGUAUUUUGUCAGCUCUCUUUGAACUAAUUGCAGAAGAACUGUUACUUCUUGGUUAGUGAGAUUUGUGUUAAUUUGAUCAUUCACAUUUUUCAUUAAUUUAUUUCUUUUGUAUUAGACAUCUUUUAGUUUUGUUUUCUUUGUGGACAGAUCUAAUAUUAAGAGGUGGAAUUCCUUGUCAAUUUGUAUAAAGAUUUCUACUUAAAUGUUCCCCUCUAGUUAUGAUUGAAUCUAAUUACAACUGUCUGACUUUAAUUAGCUCUGAUCUGCUGUUGUCUGUUUGAAACUUGUUUUUCAAAGUCUGAAGAAAAAAGAAGAAACAGUCUAUAAAAGCAGUAAUUAUAGUAGUGUGUCAACUACUGCCAGUAGCUACCUCAGCAAUAUAGUAGUUCAUUGAAAGAAAUUUUCCCUUGUGAAUUACAACAGAAUACUAGAAGAAAGACAUAUAUAUAUAACCAAUGACAACAGAUAUACCAGCUGCUAAAUUAGAAUUGCACAUAUUGAGGCAUUAGUCUACUAAUGAAGUGCAAAUCAGGAAAGAAACUUAUUUAAAAAAAAAUUUCCUUUUAUUCGUCAUUUUAGCUGUCUCCUUUUUAUCUUUCAUGGUAAUUGCGUGUCUUGGGAAUCAAUUCAAAGUUCUUGUCUUAAUAGCAUACUGAUAUUCAGUAUCUUUAUUAUCUGUUUCUUAAGAUCUGGUUCUUUACAUUACUUUGUUUAUUCACUGUAAAGUUCUCUUUUAGUCUGUAGUUGUACAAGCAUUCAUUUUCAUAAUGCUUCUGAUAUUUAGUGAUGCCCAGAACACUGAAACAACUAGGAUCUUUAGUCGUAUGAGGGGGACUAAUCUCAAAGCCUUUGAACUGUUUGGUAAUGCUACUGACAAGAGGGAUGUCACACUUGAUGGUUAUGAAAUAUAUUACAACUAUGUUACUGUAACUAGAAUUAAGGUCAACUUGCAAUAAACACAUAGGAAGUAAUUUACUAAUGUCUUUCAUAUGGAAUGUGACUGUGCCCAAUAGAGGAAUGAGUUAGUUGGAAUUGUCAGAACCUGUUCCAGUAACCAUUGAAGGAUAAAAGAGUAAUUUGGCCCAGGAAUUUGGGACCUGGUGGAGCAUUUGGCAACAGAGUAUGUCAUGUAUGAUAUAGAUUACAGCCUGGUAAGAGAUAGUGUUUCAGCUGCUUGUAGACAGUUCAUCAAGUUGAAUAACAAUUUAUUUAGUGAGAGAUUGAGAUAUUCUGGUCACUAAAAUGCCUGCAGGACCCUUGAUUACUUUUAGGAUGUUUCUCUCCAUUGCCUCACCAGGGGCCCAUAUAUUGUUGCAAUGUAGAAGCCAUGUUGAUAAGUUUAUCUGUGUUUCCAUGUAAUAUCUAUUUUUGUACCCCAUAGAAAUAGAAGCAACACAUUGGAUUAUGUAGUUCUAGACGGGAUGGUCAUGGCUGGAAUGUAUUAAUAAGUCUGUCCUGUCAGGGCUGAACUGACCUGGGGAUUAAACAACAAAGUUAACUUAGGACUCAAUAAUGCCAUUGUUCAUUUUAAAUUGAAUGCAUGAACCAACUACCAUUGAAGAAUACAAACCAAUAUCAAUAUAUCUAUGAUCAUCAUGUUAAACUUUUUUUUUUAUUUAUUCUCCAUAUUUGAUUUCUUUUUCUCUUGUCAUUUGUUACUGUUUUAUCUUUUUUAUUAUUGUGAAAUGGUUGUGGCCAUACUUUUCAUUCCACAAACAGAUUAUUGCCAUAACUAUCAUAGUGUUUUCCAUGUGUCAUCCAUAGAUUUAAGUUUACUCUUUGGGAUAUAUCAUUUGAAUUUGUUUUCAAACAAAUAAAAAAAAUUAUUAUAGUUAAUUUAACAGAUUCCUGUUCUUGGCCUACAUCAUAUAGAUAGUAUGGUGUUGGCAACAUAUCACAUAGUUUAUGUUUUUGAAAUAAAUGUUCAUUUCAUUUUUA